AUAACGUUAAAUAUCCUACUUCUUUUUAACCCCUAAACAUUAUAACCUCUUAUUACUUAACCUCAAUAUUUCAAUAACUAUCGCUUACACCCCCUUUAGACAGAACACAUAUAAAUAGAGACCGUUGGUCACAAAUAGUUCCUCCCCUGAAUCAAUCCUCAAAAAUCAAGAAAACAAAAUCUCUCUCCCUUUGAAUCCAGGGGAGAAAGAUUUUGCAUUUUCAUUGAUUUCUCAUUAUCUUUCUGAUAUUUUGUUUCUAUUUUUUUCUUUCUUUGGUAGUAUGGAAACAAAACAUGAUAAAGAUGACCAAUUAGAGAUAGAGCAAAUAAACAAGAGUCCGACCAUGAAGACCAAAAAGAUAUCACGUGGGAUGCACGUCUUCUCCGUUGUCAUGUUCAUGCUACGUCGUCGCCGGAGGAGAAAGGCUUUCAACACCAGGUUCUGGCGGCGUGUGGUUGAGUCCGUACGCAAAGUCCAUUCCGAGAUUACGAUAAUGCCUACGUCUAAGUCUACUAACACAAUCCUCCUUCCUCCGGCUCCUCUUCCGGCGACGACGACGGAGAUUAGCCAAGACGGUGGGGAUGAUGCUGAUGUUAUUAAUGAUGAAUCCGGGGAUCGUUUAACGGAGGCUAUUGAGAUUUUCACGGCGGCAUCUUCAUCAUCAUCAUCUGGAAUCUCCGGAUAUGCAUCUGCCAUGUCUUUACGUGAUUUGGAUCAUCACUAUGAUGAUGAGGAUGAAGAUGAUGAUGAUGUUGAUUGUUAUAGCGAUGUUGAAGAAGGAGAUGAAAUGAUAGAUGAGAAAGCUGAGGAAUUCAUCGUGAGAUUUUAUGAGCAAAUGAAAAUGCAAAAACAGGUUUAUACUGAACGUUGUAAGGCCAAAGGGAUAAUAAUAAACUGACGAUCUAUCGUUUACGUCGCUAUCAUGCAUGCAUGGAGAUGAGAUUAUGGAGAUGUCUCGUUAUUUGAUUAAUUUGUUCGGACGGAGGAUCUUCAGGUUUUCUUGGUCGAUUCUAUUUUUUGGUAUUGUAACUUUUUAUUCUUUAAUUUGUGAGUGCACUUCAGUUAAUUAAUGAAAAUAGGA